CUUCUUCAUUCUCAUUCAUCAUAAUCAUCUGAUUUCUCUGUUCGCUCUUCUCCUACGAUUAAUUUCGAUUUUCAACUCUCUUUCUCAAGAUGCAGAUCUUUGUGAAAACCCUAACCGGCAAGACAAUUACUCUCGAGGUCGAGAGUUCCGACACCAUCGACAACGUCAAGGCCAAAAUUCAAGAUAAGGAGGGCAUCCCGCCGGACCAGCAGAGGCUGAUCUUCGCCGGGAAGCAACUCGAGGACGGUCGUACCCUCGCCGAUUACAAUAUCCAGAAGGAGUCCACUCUUCAUUUGGUUCUCCGAUUGAGGGGAGGGAUGCAGAUCUUCGUUAAAACCCUAACCGGCAAGACGAUUACCUUGGAGGUUGAAAGCUCCGAUACGAUUGACAACGUGAAAGCUAAGAUCCAGGACAAGGAGGGAAUCCCCCCAGACCAGCAGAGGCUCAUUUUCGCCGGGAAACAGCUUGAGGACGGCCGAACCCUAGCGGAUUACAAUAUCCAGAAGGAGUCCACCCUUCAUUUGGUUCUCCGAUUGAGGGGAGGGAUGCAGAUCUUCGUUAAAACCCUAACCGGCAAGACUAUUACCUUGGAGGUUGAAAGCUCCGACACCAUAGACAACGUGAAGGCUAAGAUCCAGGACAAGGAGGGAAUUCCCCCAGACCAGCAGAGGCUUAUCUUCGCCGGAAAGCAGCUUGAGGACGGCCGAACCCUAGCCGACUACAAUAUUCAGAAGGAAUCAACCCUUCACUUGGUGCUCAGGCUCCGUGGAGGAAUGCAGAUUUUCGUGAAGACUCUCACUGGAAAAACCAUCACCCUGGAGGUGGAAAGCUCGGAUACGAUUGACAAUGUGAAGGCGAAGAUCCAGGACAAGGAAGGCAUCCCUCCUGACCAACAGAGGCUCAUCUUCGCUGGCAAGCAGCUUGAGGACGGCCGUACUCUUGCGGACUACAACAUUCAGAAGGAGUCCACCCUUCACUUGGUGCUCAGGCUCAGGGGUGGAAUGCAGAUCUUUGUGAAGACCCUCACGGGCAAGACUAUUACCCUGGAGGUGGAAAGCUCCGACACAAUUGAUAACGUCAAGGCUAAAAUUCAAGACAAGGAGGGGAUUCCACCGGACCAGCAGAGGUUGAUCUUUGCCGGAAAACAGCUUGAAGAUGGAAGGACUCUGGCCGACUAUAACAUCCAGAAGGAGUCCACUCUGCACCUUGUCCUCCGUCUCCGUGGGGGUUUCUGAAUUGCUUCAUUGCCAUGGUUGUCAUCUGUUGUUCUGUUUGGCCUUUGAAUGUGUCUGUCUUGUGAUGUCUUGUGAGUCUGUUUUGGUGGUUCAAGAAUCAAGAAAAGUGAAUAAUUGAAAUUUAAUUUGCUGUCCAACUAAGGUGAUUUUGUUUGGAGUGUUGAAUCGUAAUUUUCAUAAUUGUGUUGUGAAUCCAAAAAAAAUACAGUUUUAAGGUUCA